AUGGUGGUUACACACGCCGAUCUUGCUCCGAGCCCGAAAGGCAGUGAUCUCGGCAGCAAAACCGGCGCGUUUAUCAUUGUAUUUUCCAUAGUUCUUGGCCUUUUCUGCUUCAUCCUCUCUCUUAUAGCCGAGGCAACUCGUUCUGAGGUGAAUUGGGCAAUAACAAAUGGUGAUGGUAAAGGAAUAGAGUCUCAAUGCACGUACACGGGCAGCGGGAAACUGCCCCUUUUGUCUGGGGCCGCAGCGUUUUUUGCUCUGGCGGUAGCAAUGGCGGUGUAUCACACGUAUUUAUUGGUUGCGGUUAGCAAGUCAGAUGCGUUGGUCGAGGUAGCAUGGGACCCGGAUUCGGCUAUUGCCAGGUCUCUGACCUGGCAAGCUGGAUUUUUCUUCGUGUCGACAUGGGUGUCAUUCGCUGUGGGGGAAGUCCUGCUACUUAUUGGGCUAAGCAUGGAGUCUGGCCAUCUCAACAACUGGGCCGCACUCCGGCCCAAUUGUCUGGUAAACAAACAGGGCCUAUUCGCCGCAGGUGGAGUAUGCGGCCUGGUGGCAGUUUUUCUCGCGGCCGGCCUUUACAUAACGGCGCUACGGGUGGAGAUGCAUUUUCUCGAGCGAGAAAAUACGAGGCGCGAGAUAUUGGAGGCGUCCGCCAUGUAUGCAACCCCGCCGAGAACGCCGGUCGGAGCAAACGCGGGCGGCGGGAGUGGGCACGGUGACGGCCCACAAGAAUGUCGGAACAACAAUUUGGAUGUAUUGUAUUAUUAUUAUUAUUACUCGGCGGUGUUUGAUAAACAAUAUAAUAUAGUUUGA